GCAACCUUACCCCAACACUCAUUCGCAAAGAGUCGCUGUUUAACUGUAUUGGAAAAUCUUGAAUGUAUACUAAAUACAGUUCCCUGUAAUUGGUUUCGUUUUGCAACGUACAUUAAAGGUGGAAUACCACACGAGAAAUAAACAACACUCCACCUCUCGCUUAGACCUCGCACCAGUCUAUUCUCAUUUCGAAACUGGUGUCCCUCCAACUGCAACGAUCAGAAGCUUCCUCGGUAAAUCGAAACCGAAAGUGUCUGAACCGCGCCUGAACCGAGAAUGCACAAUGUAUCUGGAAAUGUUCCUGUUGCAUUUUUGUAUCUUUGCUGCUGGAAUCGUGCAGGCACAGAAUGGCCAAAGGAUUCCAGGCAGAAAGUUGGACUGCGUGUUUGUGGAACAAAAACAAAAUGAAGGGGCUGAUAUGUUUGGGCCAAAGACCAUCAAGAGGAAGGCGAACCUACUAUUUGGUGAUAUCAUUACGAAUGAGGAGGCCAUUAUUUUUAAAGUUCAAGAAUCUUCAUUAGAUAUUUUCCAAUAUGCGGACGAGAAACUGGACACAGUGGGAUGUGAAAUUAGUCGGUAUUCUACUCAUGGCAUCCAUGAGCCCUGGCCACACCAGGGUAAGGAGACCAUUGAGGACGUAUGGUUCACAGUGACUUUAAGACAUUCACCUAGCAGAUUCACUGUAACCAGCUUCAUGAGGAAGAUAGAAGAGCCCGAUAGCCAGAAGGUUAAGAAAAGUGAAGCAAAACCUGAUGAUGAAGAUUUAGUCAUCGCUGACACUGACACUCUGUUUGUUCAAGUGGCCUAUAUUGUGCACACCAGGACCCCAUUGAUCAGAACCAAAUUGAAGCAAGACCUUGUUCUGGACUGUGGCUACAAGAUUGAUCACAGCACCGACUUUAACAUUGACUGGCGAUAUCAGCACAAAGGGAAUAAGAAGAAAUUGUUCGCCUACAAUGGGCGACAUCAGCGGGUUGAAUACAUUGAGAAAGGAGUUGAAUUAUUCAUGGACCAGAUCAAGCAGGGAAAUGCUUCACUCCUCCUAAGAAACAUUGGCAUUAAAGAUGAGGGAUCCUAUCUUUGCUCUGUAUAUGUGCCUCCACUCUUUGGAACUCACACCAUCGAGGUGGAGAUUAUGGAGUCGCCCAUUGUCUCAGUGUACCCCAAUUCGGUUUCCCUUAUAGAAGGGGAUGAACAAAAGCUGGUCUGUGACGCAGGGCGGUAUUAUCCACUUGAUGUAGAGGUGAAGUGGCUGCGGCAGAAGGGUGAGAGGCACAUGCUGCCCGUUUACAUGACCAAUGUCAUCUUCUCACCCCACAAGCGGAACAUGGAUGGCACCUACAACGUGACCAGUUUUUUCCGGUUCACAGCGUCCCUCAAGGACAACGGUGUUACGUAUACAUGUCGAGUUGAGCAUGCCAGUGUAGACAAACCAAUCAAACGCUACAUCCAAGUGAGUGUAGAAGCACAAUCUCGGACACUUCAGUUUCUCUUACUAUCAAUUGUGAUCAUCUUUAUCUGUGCUGUUGUGAUCAUGCUGCUGAUUUACUUGAAAAAAGUUGCAGAAAAAAACAAGAAGAAGCCAUACUGAGCACUGUAAAUGAGGAUUCAAUAAGCUGCGAUAUUCCAACUUGGUCCAUCAAGCCACAACAUGACCCUGAAGGAUGCUAUUUGUCUUCAAGGACUGGUUAUGACGAUAGUCACCAGCGAGAGUAUUCACAGUUUGAAACUGAAAGUUGAGCAUUAUGGAAAGGUGACUUUAUCGAGAUGGUAAAACCUUUCAGAUAAUAUGUCCCUACCUGCUGAUAUGGUUAAGACAUUUCUUUUGCUCAGUCUGUCCACAUUGUCUUGAAUGUUAGCAUUAACCCAAUUUUUUUAUAGCCUGUUUUUUUAAAAUAAAACCUUUCAUCUCUUUAUGUUCACAUUCUUUUUCCAAAGAAGGAGAGAUGAGGAGGGCAGAUAUAUUGUGUGUGGAGGUGGUGGAUAUUAAAUAGGCAUUCGGGAGCUCCUAUAAAUAGCGAAAGCCUGAAACUACUGUUGUUGGGUUAGGGGAUGGGUGCUUGUAAUGCAUUACUCUGCAAAUAACAUGUGCAAAGACUUGAUGCCAGUCCUCUCCAUCACUAUGCCCAAGCGGAGCUGGCAAAAAGCAAUUCCCAGUGAAUUUAUCUUCUCCCUCUCCACCAUUGGCUCCAUAGCUGAUUCCCAGUCUAAAGAGCACUGUGAGAGUAUUGUCACCACCGGAGGAUUUCACUGAUUCAGGGAGAGAGGCAUACCAUCACCAACUCAGGGCAAUCAGCAACAGGCAGUAAAUACAGCCUUGCCAGUGUCACCGCAUCCUGAGAACUGAAAUAAAUACCGGGAAAACUUACAACCACCACCUCUAUCUCCCAACAUUUGAUUGCCACCUCCUUUGUUUUGACAACUGAGUUCCAGCAAUCUAUUGGUUUUAUUGGCUGGUUGCGGGAGUCUUGAAUCGACCAGGGCUCCUAGCUCUCAUUCAUUUUCUUCUUAAGCUAUUUUAGGGUCUUCCAUGGUCCUGGGUAUGUUGCUCCUUUUUCCUUGCUGUGUGUGCUAGUCUGCAUUACUCCUCAUGGCCAACUGCUCUGGCUAUUUGCACAUUUUGCCCACCCCAUAGUGCCAUUUCCGAACUGGCCUGGUAAAACUCCAUUGUCUGCCCGGUUCGGUUUGAUAUCCUCUGCAGAUCUGACCACUUUGCACCAAGAUCCUGAACCCAGGUCACCCACUUAAGCUGUUUCACAGUCCUACGUUGAAAUGUGCCUCAGAUCUGGAGAUAGGGAAUC